GAAUCUCAUCAGGCCCAUAGACUGAUGGCUCGAACAUGAAACAGGAAUAGUUGCGAAACUAAAGCUUUCAUUAUAGCCAAAGCCUGAAAAACUGACAAUACGAAAACUUUUCUAUUGGAAACGGACAUUUUGUACUGGGGAAAGAUGAAAUAUUGGUCGGAAAACCCGAAUUAUACUGCCACUCUCGCCGAGUUAGCACACCGAGAAUACCAGUCGGGAAAUUACGACAGAGCGGAGCAGAUAUGUAUGCAGUUAUGGCGAAGGGAACCCGACAACACUGGAGUACUUCUGCUACUUUCUUCGAUCCACUUCCAAUGUCGACGAUUAGACAGGUCGGCGCAUUUUAGCACGUUAGCCAUCAAACAAAACCCAAUGUUGGCCGAGGCUUACUCCAAUCUUGGCAACGUCUUCAAAGAGAGGGGUCAACUAAAGGACGCGUUGGCAAACUAUAGACACGCCGUUAAACUAAAGCCGGAUUUUAUAGAUGGUUAUAUUAAUCUAGCUGCUGCUUUGGUAGCGGCUGGUGAUCUAGAAGGCGCAGUGCACGCAUAUGCGACCGCUCUACAGUAUAACCCGGACCUCUACUGUGUAAGAAGUGAUUUGGGUAAUCUGCUAAAAGCUCUUGGUCGGCUUGAGGAGGCUAAGGCAUGCUACCUCAAAGCCAUUGAGACCCAGCCUAGCUUUGCUGUUGCCUGGAGCAACCUGGGAUGUGUAUUCAACGCUCAAGGAGAGAUCUGGCUGGCAAUACACCACUUUGAAAAGGCUGUACAACUGGAUCCAAACUUCUUAGAUGCUUAUAUAAAUCUUGGAAAUGUUCUCAAAGAGGCUAGAAUAUUUGAUAGGGCUGUUGCUGCAUAUUUACGUGCACUCAACCUCAGUCCAAACCAUGCCGUUGUGCACGGGAACCUAGCAUGUGUCUACUAUGAACAAGGAUUAAUUGAUUUAGCUGUUGAUACUUAUCGCCGUGCGAUUGAGCUACAACCUAACUUCCCAGAUGCUUAUUGUAACCUUGCGAAUGCCCUCAAGGAACAAGGAAAGGUAUCUGAGGCAGAAGAAUGCUAUAACACAGCUUUACAGCUUAGCCCAACCCAUGCAGACUCUCUUAACAACCUAGCAAACAUCAAACGAGAGCAGGGCAAGAUCGAGGAAUCCAUCCGGCUAUACUGCAAAGCUCUUGAGAUCUUCCCUGAAUUUGCAGCGGCACAUUCCAACCUAGCAAGUGUGCUUCAACAACAGGGCAAACUUCAAGAGGCUUUGCUUCAUUACAAAGAGGCCAUAAGAAUCCACCCCACUUUUGCCGAUGCAUUUUCCAACAUGGGCAACCUUCUGAAGGAGAUGCAGGACAUCCAGGGAGCCAUCCAAUGUUACUCCCGUGCAAUCCAGAUUAACCCUGCAUUUGCUGAUGCACACAGCAACUUGGCAUCGGUUCACAAGGAUUCUGGCAACAUUCCUGAGGCCAUUCAAUCAUACCGCACUGCUUUAAAGCUGAAGCCUAGCUUCCCUGAUGCAUACUGCAACCUUGCACACUGCCUUCAGAUCAUAUGCGACUGGACAGACUAUGACAACAGGAUGAAGAAACUGGUGAACAUUGUGGCAGAGCAGCUAGAACACAAUCGAUUACCUUCAGUGCACCCCCACCACAGCAUGCUUUAUCCACUGACUCACGAGUUCCGUAGGGCCAUUGCAAACAGGCAUGGUAACUUGUGCGUAGAGAAGGUUGCAUUGCUUCACAAGGCCCCAUUUGUCUACCCCAAGGACCUCCACUUGUCCGGGGGACGCUUGCGCAUCGGUUACGUGUCAAGCGACUUCGGUAAUCACCCCACAUCUCAUCUGAUGCAGAGCAUCCCAGGAUUCCAUGACCGUACUCGAGUAGAGGUAUUCUGCUACGCCCUAACUGCUGAUGACAACACAAGCUUCCGUAAGAAGAUUUCCCGCGAAGCAGAGCACUUCACAGACCUCUCAUCAGUUGCCUGCCACGGAGAAGCCGCCGACCGCAUCCACGCCGACGGCAUCCACAUUCUAGUCAACAUGAAUGGCUACACCAAGGGUGCACGCAACGAGAUCUUCGCGCUUCGGCCAGCGGCCAUCCAAGCCAUGUGGCUGGGGUACCCAGGCACCAGUGGCGCUCCUUACAUGGACUACAUCAUCACGGAUAAGACGACGUCCCCGCUAGAGCAUGCUGACCAAUACUCAGAGAAACUGGCUUAUAUGCCCAACACUUUCUUCGUCGGAGAUCACAAGCAGAUGUUCCCGCACCUGAUGCAGAACCUACGAACACCAUCCAACGAGGCGAACCUAGACCCCACCCACAACGGCGUAGUGCAACAGCACAUUCAGACCAGAGUGCUCAACGGCGAGAGCGACCUGAACUUUGUGAAGAAAAUCACCGCGCUGGUGGAGGAGAAGAAAGAGGAGUACUCCGGCUGCAAGGAUAGCGGGGAAAGGAUACCCCUCACCAUGCCCUUGACAUGCCGCUCCCAAUAUGGCCUCCCGGAGGAUGCCUUCGUCUACUGUAACUUCAACCAGUUGUACAAGAUCGACCCCAAGACGCUCAAGACCUGGGCUAACAUCCUGAGAAGAGUCCCUAACUCUGUGCUUUGGCUACUCAAGUUCCCUGCCGUGGGCGAGAGCAACAUCAAGGCCGAGGUGUCUUCCAUGGGGCUGUCCCAGGACAGGGUCAUCUUUUCGCCCGUCGCGCCCAAGGAGGAGCAUGUCCGAAGGGGUCAGCUUGCGGACGUGUGUCUAGACACGCCCUUGUGUAACGGUCACACCACGUGCAUGGACGUGCUAUGGGCGGGAUGUCCCGUAGUCACCCUGCCGCUUGACACGCUCGCCUCCAGGGUCGCUUCCUCGCAGCUGAACGCGCUCGGGUGUAGCGAGCUGAUCGCGGAUUCACGCGGCGACUACGAGGAGAUCGCAGUACGACUCGGCAACGACAAGGGACACUUCGAGAAAAUCCGCCGCAAAGUAUGGAGAAAUCGGUUUACGAGUCCGCUGUUCAACACGCGACAGUACACGCACGACCUCGAGGAUUUGUUCUUCGCUAUGUGGCGGCGAUGUGAGAAGGGAGGGGAAGUUGACCAUAUCACGGACUACUCAAAAUCAUAAAUGUGUUAGACACGCGUCCUACAAGUAGCUGUAGCGCGCCAAGUGUUCAAAGUAAUAACUCUGUAGUAACGCCCUUCACGAAGCACGAUCAGGGGAGAAGGGCUAGCUCUAGCAAUAGUAUUACGACAACAAGCUGUGUUUUGAUAAACACGUUAUCACACACGGGCAGCACGCCAAGGACGAGAGAUGCGCGAGAUCCUGCGAUAGAGCGCACACAAACAAAAAAGGGUGCGAGAUGAAAAAUUGAGCGCUGCUCUGAUAAACACGGGACUCAUCUAUAUAUACAUGCAUUACUCCAAUAUCUGUUCUGCGUGAUCCCUCGCCAUGCUUUGCACCUGACAAGCCCUAAGAGACGUUGAAAAAGAGUAUAUAUGCAGAAGAUGGUUGUAAAUAAAUGCGGAAGUGUUUUUGAUUUUUUUUUGGUGUUUCGCUUGUUAUGGAAGACAAAAUGUUUUAAAAUGCAAUAAAAGGAAAAUUGUUAUGAUGA